AUGUCCUGGUCUUUCACCAGACUUGCCAUCGCCGCGGUAUUUUGCAGCCUGUUGAUCGCAGAUGGAGAGGCGCAGCAGAUGCCCCAAAGAGUAGGGGCUCAAAGCUUUCAAUUACUGGAUACGUUGUGGGUAGACGGCGGCCGUCACGUUGACGAAGAUGGUGCCGCCAUGGACAAAGUCCCGGACUUUGUACCCGUCGUCAAUCAGAGCAUUGUGUUCCUCAACACUGGCACUCGAAGCGGCGCUCUAGUUGCUCUUGGAGGUUUCAUUGACAGCCAGGGAGCAUUGUCUUUGGCAGACAUGUCCACGGUGUACAUAUUUGACAUCGAAACAGAACAGUGGACUGCGCAGCCAGUGACUGAUGUCAACGGACAGGCUGUCGAUGUCCAUGACCAGGCUGACGGAAAAGAUUUCGAAUCCACCAAGACCUUUCCAUCCAGGAGAAUGUUGGCCUGCGCGGCUGCUGGAUCCUCCCAAGACAAGACGUCGCACAACCUUGUCUUGAUGGGCGGUCAAAACAACGUGAUCGCCUUGGCUGAUGCAUGGGUACUUAGUCUACCUAGUGCCGCCUGGAUCAGAGCGCAAACCAAUCCAGAAUUCGCCCCAAAUUACCCCACGGCCGAGAGCUCUUGUCUCCUCCUCAAUUCGAGGUUCUUGCUCAUGUUUGGCGGCUGUCUUCUCGACGUCAACACUCACAAGCCAUUGAUUGGUGGCAAUGCCACUGGCUUCGCAACUCACAGCAAACCCAAGUUUCUCAACUUCUCCAGCCCCCUACUGGACGAGCUAUUCAUGCCACCAUACGGAGUAGGGGUGUUUGGCUACGGAUAUCUGUCCUUCAUCAUGCUCUCUACGACCUGCCUCAUGACCCUCGUUCUACUUCUCCAAUGGAGAAGCCAACAGCCAGAUACACAGUUUGCACAUUGGUCUGGCGGACCUGAGGCCGACGGGACUUGGACAGGCGAGCCCUUUACCUCGACCUUUAUCAGGGCACCGACUCUCGAUAGACCUCCGCAAGGCCUUUUAUCCGUGUAUUACAAUUUCAGCCCUGACGGAGUGUGGAGUCAGAAGAAUUCAGCGCAGAGAUUGAGCCGCGGUGCAUACUUCGCCUUUACUUAUCUCCCCAUGAUUCUAGCCGUCUUGUACGGCCGCCUGUGGAAGGCUCUCGACGACGAGGUCAAGCGGAUCGACGUCUAUAAUCGGCUGCAGAAGAAAGGGGGAGCAUUGGGUUCUCGGUCUUUGUGCGUCAAUUACCACGUCUUUUGGACGCCGCUGUGCAUACUCCAGGCGGUGAUGUACGGACACUGGUCCGUCGCAGUCUCAAGCGUGGGAUCUGUGCUGGCCACCAUUGUGAUUCCGGUGUUGGCUAAUUACCUAUUCUAUUGGGAGUUGUAUUCUGGCGCGGCCCUUGACUGGCCGGACAUAUAUUCGUGGCAGGUGGCCCUCGUGGACCGUGACUGGGCGUAUAUCCUGGCCGGGACACUGGCUGCUGCAAAUCUCUGCUGCGUCGUGUUAUGUUUUAUGCUACCAUCUCUCGAGACUGGCCUCUCCCGGGAUGUCAGAGGUCUUGCAGACCUUGUCUAUCUCUUGGAAGGAAGUGAAGCCAGCGAUUUUGCCUUGCCGGCUAAUGAUGCUGACCAUACAGCGUCUUCCCAAUCCCUCGCGGUUAAGUUUGUCAAGGAAAUCUUUCCAAAGUCCUUGCAUCCUACUAUAACCAAGAUGGGGAAGUGGCUUCGUAUAAUCAUUGGAGCUAUCAAGGUCGUCUUCAACGGAGUUUCGGGCUCUAGCAGCAAGUUCCUUGUGUUUCGGAGACUCCUUUAUCUUAUUUGGCUCCUUAUACUAUUCCUCUUCAUGUUCGCACAAGGCUGGAUCACGGCAAGUCUCAAUAAGAACGCCAAGGAUACGCGGUGGAAUUAUGGCAUUCCGAUCGACCCCAACGUCUACCUGAUUGUCGGCAUCCUCUCCUAA